AUGCAGAAGUACAGAGGCAAGGUUCUCGUGCCCUAUGCCAAACGGACCAAGCCGGACGAUGAUGGGGAGGAGAUUAUCAGGCAUGACAGGAUGCCUGAGGAUACCCCGAUGGGGCUUGUUGAUGACGUAAAGGUGCGGCUCACGCUUCAACAAGACGGCCUCCGGCUCCAGGACAUGCCCAGGGUCGUUCGUGCUCAUCCGAAAUACGUGGAGGUUGCCGUUCGGCAGAAUGGCUUCGCCAUCGCAUUCGCCAGUCCCGAACUGCAGGUGAAUGUGCCGAUCAUCGAGGCCGCGUUGACUCAAUCUGGCGAAGCAUUGGAAUUGCUUGCAGACGAGUUCCGGGCACAGGAGGAGCUUGUCCUAGCAGCUGUGCACCAACACGGCUGCAGCCUUCGGUUUGCUUCUGCCCAGCUUCGAGCUGAUCCCGAUCUUUGCCUUGAGGCCGUCGGCCAAAAUUGGCAAGCCAUCGAGUACUGCGAUCCCGUGCUGUACACCAACAGGGAUUUCAUGUCAAAGGCUGUCAGUGCGAGCUGGCGUUGUCUAUCCUUCGCCCACCCGGACCUGUGCAACGACAGAGCAGUGGUACAGGUUGCCCUUAGGCAGAGCUGGCUGGCGUUGGCCCACGCCAGCGAGUUCUUGCGAAGGGACCGGAGUUUGGUGGAGGAGGCCUUGGACCGCGGCGCAUGGCAGGUCAUGCUCCACACGGAUGCAGCACUUCAGAACGAUCGCAGCCUCGUGCUGAAAGCGCUGAGAAGAUCCGGACACGCGCUCCAAUGUGCGUCGCCGCAGCUGCAGGAUGAUGAAGAGCUGGUGAGGGAAGCCUCUCAACGUGAGCCGCUAGCGCUGGAGCAUGCUUCAGAGCGCCUUCGCGAUCGUGAGGACCUGGUCCUGCCGGCGCUGCGGAUGGAUCGCUGUGCGCUGAGCUAUGCCUCUGAGCGAUUGAAAGGGGACUCCGAUUUCAUCAUGCGCUGCGUCCAGAUCAAUGGGAUGUCCGUGGAGUUUGCCUCGGAUGCUCUCCGGGCGAACGAAGACAUACUGCUGGCCGCAGUAAAACAAGACUGGCGCGCGGUGAACUUCGCGCCUUCUGACCUACAGAGCAAGCUGACCUGA